CACCCUCACUCAGCGCAGGAACAACACACCCCAGUGGGAGAGAGGACGUCCAUCCGCAUCUUUCAUAGUAACCGAGGCUCACUUCUCAGCCAGGACCCCGGUGUUUCUGACCGAUCUGUCCCGGAGGUGCGUCCAGAUAAUCCGCUUUUCUCCGCGCCGCUUCUCUUCGCUCCCGUUCCGUUCUGCGCCGGACCGGUCCGCUCGCUUCCCCCUGGAGAUCAGUUUAUUCCCUGGAAACUGGAUGAAUUAUUGGAGAGUUGUGAACAAGUGCAAAAAGAAAGCUGAGGCUCGGGAUCCUGCUCCGUCCAGGGAAGACAACACUCUGCCAGAGUUGUGGACGAUAAUGGAGGGGACGUCCCUGUAUCUUCCUAUUGUUAUUUUACUGAUGCAAUGUUCCCCCUCCGUUCCUGUCUCUGUGUCCACCGACAGACACAAGGUGGAGGUGAAAGAGUUUUCAGACGCCGUGCUGUCGUGCUUGUUCCACACCGAGAAAGACCAGAACCCGCGCAUCGAGUGGAAGAAGAAGGGCAAAGGUGUCUCCCUCGUGUACUAUGAUGGACACUUCAAAGGUCCCUUUGAGGGCCGGGCUUCUAUUGAAGGGGCCACGGUGACGCUGCAAAGGGUGACCCAGGACGACGCUGGGGAGUACCGCUGCGAGAUCAGCGCUCCUUACGACUCUGUCAACCUGGGCGAGACCAACGUCACGCUCAAAGUCCUGGUUCCCCCCCACACCCCGUCCUGUGAAAUCCCCAGUGGGGCAGUGACAGGCUCUGUGGUGCAGCUGCGCUGUAGGGAACAGCAGAGCAUCCCGCCUGCUACAUACUCCUGGUUCAAGGACAGCAAGGCGUUGAGCCCACCAUGGCACGCCAACGCCACCUUUCUAAUCAACUCAAAAACAGGAGUGCUGGAGUUUAAAGCGGUUGCCAAAGAGGACACCGGUCAAUACAGCUGCUGGGCUUCCAACGGAGUGGGGCCGCCCAAGAUGUGCGAGGCCAAGCACAUGAAGAUAGAGGAUGUCAAUAUCUCGGCCGUGGUGGCGGCAGUGGUGGUGGUCUUCUUGGUGGUGGUGGUCUGCAGCUGCGGCGGACUCUUCUUGCAUCGCAAUGGCUUCUUCAGCCGACACAGAGGAAGGUCCAAUGUCAACUACAUCCCUCCACCCCAAGAAGAUUUCAAACACACGCAGUCCUUCAUGCUCUGACAAGCUAGCCUUCCUCUGGACACACAUCACCCUGGUGAAAAGGUGCCAGACACUGGAUUCUGUGAUGUAUUACGUCACUGGACACUGAAUGGGCUCAAUCUUCUUCCCCUACUGCUCCUUCUGGGGAGGCAAGAACAUUUGCAAGGCUUCUUACUCUCAUGCUUUGCCCACUGUGGGUCCCCUAAGUCCCUGGUGUUUCUGUCUAUGGGAUUAAGUUCACUUUCAUGACGUUCUGCUUCCUCCUGGUGGUCAGAUGUUGAAAUGCAACUUGAUCUUUUCUAAUUAAUCCAGGAGAAAGGAGAUCUUUUACAGAUUGUGUUUCUUCCCUCUGCAGGCCAAUCGUUUUAACUCCUUUUUCUUUUUUUACCAAAGACUGACCGUUUCAUUUAAUUUUUCUGUAAAAGAUAUAAUCAUCACAAGGGAAUUCUGCUCAAAAGCCAUAGAGAAAGUUUUGUUUUUCAAUCGACUCAAACACAAAUGCAGUUUACCUCAGCCAAUGUUUUGUCUUCUGUAACACUGGGGCCCCCAGCUUCCCAAGGGCCAUGGUCCCACACAGAGUCGUCAUGAUCUAAUUUACAGCAUGAAACCAGACAAAGCCAGAACAGGAGAACAGGAAGUCACUCCAGCCAUGAUAUUGAGACAGACCAACCCUAUUCCAUCCUAAUGUGCCUGCAUGGUCUUUUUUAAUAUAUAUAUAUAUAUAUAUAUAUAUAUAUAUAUAUAUAUAUAUACCUUGUGCCUUUUUAUUUGUCAUAUUUAUCUAUGGAUUACACUUUUUUGUAGAGAACUUGCCUUACUUUUUUCUGUCUAUAUAUUUUUGUGCCACUGUUUAUCAAUGUUUAUCAAAAUGGAGUGUGUGUUUUAGACGGUGUGUGUGAAUGGAUUGUUCAGAGUUUUAUUUGAAUAUGUAUCAGUAAUAAAAGGUUUUUCUAUUCAAUACCUUA